AUUCCGUGAUGAUGGAAGAUCCAAAGUUUUUCUUUGAUGACAGCACCCCUGAACUUCGAUUGGUCAAUGCUACGGAGCUGAUAAAAAAGAAUGGCGAUCACAACCAAGUACUCAAAGCGCUCACAUUUCUAAGAUAUAAAGCGGCCAACAAUGACACCGAAGCGAAAACGAAACUGAGCACCCUUUACGCCGAAACUCAAUCGGACCUUAUUCAGCAAGAUGCGCAGGAAGCUCACAUGUGGUCUCGUAGUAUAUUUGAUAAGCAAUUAUCGGCGGCUUUGCAACUGGCGGCGCCUCAUCUUCUCGAUGCCUCCAUAAAGUAUACCUCAACCGUUGCUCUCAUUCUCGAACAGGCAAAUCCCGACUAUCCAAAAGUGUGUUACUUAGCGGGUCUGUUGCUGUUGAAGGGUAUAGGGACGGAGCAAGACAUUAAAAGGGGUGUGUCGUAUCUUCAGGUGGCUGCUGAAACACAGGUCGAGGCGGCGUACGAACUCGGCUGUUAUUUUGGUGAUCGAUACAGUUACUCGAAAAACAACACGGUUGAAUCCUUGCGCUGGUUUGAACAUGCUUACGAGCUGGGCGACAAACGGGUACUUGUCGAUUUGGCGUAUGGAUUUUCGGCGGAUAGUAACGCGGCGCAUAUCGAUAUGGGUAAAGCGUUCAAAUAUGCGAUGCAAGGUGCGUUGGCAGACGACAAGUACUGUCAAUAUCUUGCUGGCCAUCUGUAUCUCAAAGGGCAUGGCACGGAGCGCAACAUUUCCGAAGCUGUCAAAUGGUUGGCAUCUGCAGCCGAGCAGGAUGUGACAAUUGCGAUUGAAGAAUUGGCCGCCGUGUAUAUGAAAGGCUAUGACGAUUUUGACAAAGAUUAUACCCAGGCCUUCAAAUGGUGCACAAAAGGGGCAGCCACCAUUGCAUUCUGCCAAACAGCACUAGGUGAUAUGUAUCGAAAUGGAUGGGGAGUCGAUCGAAACUAUCAAAAGGCGUUUGAAUACUACCAGACCGCCGCCAGUCAACCCGAUUCUCCUCAUUAUUAUGCACAACAUAUGCUCGGCGAAAUGUUUUUGAACGGAGAAGGAGUACCUCAAGAUCUCGCGGUGGCUAGAGAAUGGUUCCAAAUUGCCGCCAGUCAAGGCUAUGAACCAUCGCGUCACAAACUCCAGAUCCUUGCCGCUUCUCAUUUGCCUCAGAACCCCCCGACGUCUCGUCAGACUAACGGUGCGCCCGCAGCAUCCAGCACAACCAACGAACCGCCCAAGAAGACCAAUAGAUGGUCGGUGGGCUUCUUUGGUAGAAAAAAAUAGAUAAAUGCAAAAAUAGACCAGUGUGGCCGAACGAUCGAAAAAGAUAAUCAUAACGUGGAUACCAGAAUAAACUACAGAAGUAUAGAAAUAACUGCACCCGUAGAACACAAUUGAUCUAAUUUUCUUUGAUGGCCAACUUGUCAGUAAUCAAAAUCAUCAUUUGUAUGUAGUUGGUG